AUGGUUAGACAUCGAAAGGGGUCCCAAAGCGAGGGAGAAUCAGAUAAAGAAAAAGGUGGAGGCGACACCUGUGAUGAAGAACUUGAAGAUUACGAGAGCACGGAUGAUAAAAAUGUGGAGAGGGGAGAAAGAACAACAGAUGAAGAAGGCAAGAGAGGGGAGCAAAAAAGCAUAAAUAACCAAGACGAAAUGGAAGGUUUCAUGACAAAAAGCAGAAUUGAGAGAUCGCCAACCAGAGUAACAAAUACAAUGGACGUCACAGAGAUCGAGGAGAACAAGGAGCAGAGCAGCGGGAACCAGGAGACAAAUAUCAGCGGGACACAAGAAAUAGUAGAUAGCGUGAAUCAGGAUAUAAAUAGUAGCGUGAACCUGGAAAUAAAUGAAAGCGGGACUCAGGAAAUAGUUAGCAAGCAAAACAUAAGCGGAGACAAAUUAAGAGAGGCAGAAAAGACAGCACAAAGCGCAGCACAGCAGUGGGUAAUGAAUAAGAUAAACCCUAAACAGAAUGGAGUAGAAACGAGAGAGGGGGAAUGCGCAUGUAAAUGCUGCAAUACAAAUAAAAUAAGGCUCGGGGAGUUAGAGAGCAAACUGAUAAACCAGCUAGAGAAGAUAAAAAGGGAAAUGAUGAUAGAAAUAGGAGGGAUGAAAGCGAAGAGCAGCAAGGGAAAUAAAAGUGAAGAAACGAGCGACGGCCUGGAAUUGAUAAGCGAGGACGAGCUGCGAAUAAGUGAAGCCGACGCAGAAUACGAUGGUGAAGACGAUGAAGGCAGGAAUAAAAAGAAGAAGAGGACAGGUAAGAAGAAAAAAGGGCACGCACAAAAGGAGAAAGAGGCCCAAAACAUGAACGCAAGCGAUGAGGACGUAAUAAGUCAAACGAGUGCAAUCAAUACAGAGAAAAAAGAAAGAAAAAGAGAACGAAGAGCUGAUCCGAGGAAAAAAAGUGAAGCAGAAAUUGAGAAAUUCAUAAAAGAGACAAGGAGGAUGCACGAUCAGCAGGCAGGGAAGACGAGAGAAUGGAGGAGAGAGGAAGAAGAUAAAAUAAGAAAAGAAAAACCAAAGAAAUUGAAUGAGGAAGAGCAAAAAAAAGAAUGGGAAGAAAGGAAGAAAAUAAGACUAAAUAUACAUAUAAGCUAUGAAAAAGAUAAAUAUAAUAGAGUAGAGGAUGUGAUAAAGACAAUAGAAAGAAGACUGAAGUUCCGAUUAGAGACAAAAAAAUAA